CCCGGCGUUUUGAGCAUCCCCUUUUUAGAAAGACUGAGUCUCUCCCAGGACAGCUGCUGCGGUCACACCACAAACUUAAAAGCCGCCCUCCCGCUCGGAGCGUGCCUUUCCUCGCCACACUCGCCUCCCCAAAGCUCCAGCUGGUGCCUGGCUCCCCGCCUGUCCCGUCUCCGCGCUCGGGGCCAGCAGCGCCCCCUGCCUCCCGGCCGGGCGUCUGCGACCGCAGCCUCCACGCUCCGCCAGGGCCGCCGGGGCUCCGCGGCUCAGCCAGGGCUGCCUCUCAGAGGAGCUUGCGCCGGUGCCCCGGGUCGCCGCCGCGCACUCCCGCAGCCUGCAUCCCCGUCUUCGCUUCCUGAAAGGACGUCUGACCCAGAGAGAGGGAGAGAAGAGUUCGCAGCAGAUUGAAUUUUCACUGUGUGAAAGAGGACGUUGUUUUCAUCAUGAAUGCUACUAAAAAUGAGAGACCAAAGUCCAGAAGCCACAAUUUUCACCUUUUUCAUGCCUUGAUGAUGCUAAGCAUGACCAUGCUGUUUCUUCCUGUCAUUGGAACUGCUAAGCAAAAUAUUCCACGACUCAAGCUGACUUACAAAGACUUGCUGCUUUCAAAUAGCUGCAUUCCGUUUUUGGGUUCAUCAGAAGGACUAGAUUUCCAAACCAUUCUGUUGGAUGAGGAGAGGGGCAGGCUGCUUGUAGGAGCGAAGGACCACAUCUUCCUGCUCAGUCUGGUUGACUUAAACAAAAACUUUAAGAAGAUUUAUUGGCCCGCUGCGAAGGAACGAGUGGAAUUAUGUAAAUUAGCCGGGAAAGAUGCCAAUACAGAAUGUGCAAAUUUCAUCCGUGUACUUCAGCCCUACAACAAAACUCACAUUUAUGUGUGUGGAACUGGAGCAUUUCAUCCAAUAUGUGGUUAUAUUGAUCUUGGAGUCUACAAGGAGGAAGUUAUAUUCAAACUAGACACACAUAAUUUGGAGUCUGGCAGACUGAAAUGUCCUUUUGAUCCUCAGCAGCCUUUUGCUUCGGUAAUGACAGAUGAGUACCUCUACUCUGGAACAGCUUCUGAUUUCCUUGGCAAAGAUACCGCAUUCACGCGGUCCCUUGGGCCUACUCACGACCACCAUUACAUCAGAACUGACAUUUCAGAGCACUACUGGCUCAAUGGAGCAAAAUUUAUUGGAACUUUCCCUAUCCCAGACACCUAUAAUCCAGAUGAUGAUAAAAUAUAUUUCUUCUUUCGUGAAUCAUCGCAAGAAGGCACUACUUCUGAUAAAACCAUCCUUUCUCGAGUUGGAAGAGUUUGUAAGAAUGAUGUUGGCGGACAGCGCAGCCUGAUAAACAAAUGGACAACUUUUCUUAAAGCCAGAUUGAUUUGCUCAAUUCCUGGAAAUGAUGGGGCUGAUACUCAUUUUGAUGAGCUACAGGAUAUUUACUUACUCCCCACAAGAGAUGAAAGAAAUCCUGUAGUAUAUGGAGUCUUUACCACAACCAGCUCCAUCUUCAAAGGCUCUGCUGUUUGUGUGUACAGCAUGGCUGACAUCAGAGCAGUUUUUAAUGGUCCAUAUGCUCAUAAGGAAAGCGCAGACCAUCGUUGGGUGCAGUACGAUGGAAGAAUUCCUUAUCCCCGACCUGGCACUUGUCCAAGCAAAACCUAUGAUCCACUGAUUAAAUCCACCCGAGAUUUUCCGGAUGAUGUCAUCAGUUUCAUAAAGCGGCACCCUGUGAUGUUUAAAUCGGUGUACCCAGUUGCGGGAGGACCAACAUUCAAGCGAAUCAAUGUGGAUUACAGAUUGACCCAGAUCGUGGUGGAUCACGUUGUUGCGGAAGAUGGACAAUACGAUGUAAUGUUCCUUGGAACAGACAUUGGAACAGUCCUAAAAGUUGUCAGCAUUUCAAAGGAGAAGUGGAAUAUGGAAGAAGUAGUACUGGAAGAGUUGCAGAUAUUCAAGCACUCAUCAAUCAUCUUGAACAUGGAGUUGUCUCUGAAGCAGCAACAAUUGUACGUCGGUUCCCGGGAUGGAUUGGUUCAGCUCUCCUUGAACAGAUGCGACACUUAUGGGAAAGCUUGUGCGGACUGUUGCCUGGCCAGAGACCCCUACUGUGCCUGGGAUGGAAAUGCAUGCUCUCGAUAUGCGCCCACUUCAAAACGGCGAGCCAGACGCCAAGAUGUAAAGUAUGGAGACCCGAUCACCCAAUGCUGGGACAUAGAAGACAGCAUUAGUCACGAAACUGCUGAUGAAAAGGUGAUUUUUGGCAUUGAAUUUAAUUCAACCUUUCUGGAAUGUAUACCUAAAUCCCAACAAGCAUCUAUUAAGUGGUAUAUCCAGCGGUCAGGAGAUGAGCAUCGAGAGGAGUUGAAACCUGAUGAAAGGAUCAUCAAAACAGAAUACGGGCUACUGAUUCGAAGUUUGCAGAAGAAGGACUCUGGGAUGUAUUACUGCAAAGCCCAGGAGCACACUUUUAUCCACACCAUAGUGAAGCUGACUUUGAAUGUCAUUGAGAGUGAACAGAUGGAAAAUACCCAGAGGGCAGAGCACGAGGAGGGGCAGGUCAAGGAUCUGUUGGCCGAGUCACGGUUGAGAUACAAAGACUACAUCCAGAUCCUUAGCAGCCCAAACUUCAGCCUCGACCAGUACUGCGAACAGAUGUGGCACAGGGAGAAGCGGAGACAGCGAACCAAGGGCGGCCCCAAGUGGAAGCACAUGCAGGAGAUGAAGAAGAAACGAAAUCGAAGGCAUCACAGAGACCUGGAUGAGCUUCCGAGAGCCAUGGACACGUAGUUUUUUCUUUAAUUUAAAGAAAAGAAUGCUUUACCUGCAAAAAUAGCAUCUUCUGUUUUGUACACCCCAUAUACGAACUCUUGAGAGCUUUCCACGGAGUUGUGCUAAGGCAAAGGACCCAAGAACGAUAAUCUGAAUAAGACUAUAUGUGGUGAAUAUGGCAUAGCGAGGGCAAAUAAUUCACCUGAACCGGUUUUCCGAGAACUAAACAUGUACCUGCAAAGUAGUAAAAUUAGCCUCGAAAUAGGGGCUUCCCAUUUGUAAAUGUUUUAUGUCCUGAGUUUUUGAAUUUGUUAUGUCAUGUAAAUACCUGAGGUCAGCAAGCAUCAAAUUUUAUAUUGUCAUAAGGUGCUUUAUUUCCCUUGCAUGGACGUUAAGGAUGGAGUUGACCAUGCAGUUGUGCUAUAUAUAUGUUCUUAUGAACAGAUAUAUCAAUUCUGCUCUAGAACUGGCUACUACACGGUAGGAAUUGGAAGACACAAAUGCACACAGACCACACUAUCAACAGGAUCUUUCCCGGUUCACUCUUGGUUCACGGUUUAGGAGUUUGGAGAGGUGCAUUAUUUCAAACUACAGAGGUUACGUUCGUUGUACUGCAGUGUGAUUUACUGAAGGUAUAAAUGCUCCUCCCAGCAUUCCUUAUGACUUGUCAGGAGUAACAGGUUCGUGGAGAGAAGUUAGUGCUCGGUUAUGUGUUUUUAGAAUAUAUGCCGAGCUUUAGAGGGACGGAAUGCUUCAUAAAUAUUUUAAUAAGACAUGGGAAAACAUUUUAAUAAGGGAAACACCAUGAUGUAUACUGCAUCCUAAUGGGAAGGCAUACAGAUGGGAUUUGUUAAGAGACAGAAAGAAAGACAGCCAUAAAUUCUGGCUUUGGGGAAAACUCAUAUCCCCAUAAAAAGGAAGAACAAUCACAAAUAAAGUGGGCGAAAUGUAAUGUAGCUUUGGUCACCAGAGUAUAAGUAGCUGCCAAUUUGUAAUCCAUCUGUUAAAAAAAUUCUACAUUAUAACAAACUGCUAGCGAAAGUCUGAGGAAAAGUAAAUUUUCUAAAAGAUCAUGGGAAGAAUGAACACAGAUUUAUUUACAACCAAUGGGAUUUCAGUAGUACUUCCUCUCUUUUUUUCUAAAAUUUCAUUGUACUCUGUAAAUUAUUUCCAUUUACUGCCUUUAUUCUCUCCUGAAUAUUGGAUUAUUGGAUUUUAUUUGAGUGAAUAGGAAAAUAACAAUAUAUGCAUAUAGAGAGAGAUAGAAUUAGGUAGACUAGAGUGGUGGGGAGUGGGGAUAUAUAUUUGUUGAAUAACAGAACAAAUGCAAAAAUUUUGACAACGGAAAGGGUUAAAUUAACUCUUUGACAUCUUUUCUUCACACAAUCUUUUUGCAUUUCUGAGAUUAUAUGCUGUAAUUCAAGUAACAUUGCUUUCGUAAUUUAAUAAUAAAUAAGCCUAAUGCAUGUAAAGAAACCGAACUCGCAGCAUUAACCUAAACAUUUUUCAUAUUUUGUUAGCACUUUCGAAUGUUUCCAAUUCGACUUUCCCUCUCUGCAUACGUAUGGUAUGUUUCCUGCCUGUGGAAGCAGGACUCACCUUUCCUUCUUGGAACACAAAACCCUUAGCCUUCUUCUGUUUUGCCUCUUCACGCCCUUUUUAGUGUGAAAUGAAAAAUUAGUCACUUCCUCACAUGGAAGGCAGCCUUUCAGAAAACUGAAUAGCAGACAUUGCUCGUUUAUCAUGCAUGCUGCAUAUCUUGAAAGAAGAGCCUCUGAGAACCUGUGUGGUUAAAGGGCACCUUAUUAGAGUUCAGUGUCAUGUCUGUGACUGACUCGAUGUUCAGAACAUUCAAUCUUACGUUCAUUUUAUUUGUCUUGCUUACCUAUGUCAAAGUAGUCACAGUGCUGUGUGAGGUUAAGUACCUCUUUUGAAAUGAUACCGUAAAUAUUUGUAGGUGUUUCACUAUACAGAAAGCUUAAAUAAGUUUUUGUUUGUUUGUUUUUAAGGUGAACCAGACACAAACACUCUUUAAAAGUAAUGCAUAAGAAAGCUGUAGGGAGAUCAGGCUAAUUGAAUAUCGUAAUGAGAGUGUCUGUAACUUUGGAUUCGCUGGGUCUAAAUGUUGCAGGAACUCAUAGCAAGCUCAAAGCAAAUAAAUGGGAGCCUGUUUUAUUUUUAAGAUUUCCUGUAUAUCAGACAGUCAUGAUCAAAGCAGAGAUGGCUUUGGGAAAAUUACAUGAAGCUCAAAUGUUAGGAUUGACUUCUGUAAUAAAUUUGGUUUUCAUCAAAAUACGAAUGUUCAGGCCAUUUUUUAAUUGCUCCUUUUUAAUCUUAAUUAUUUAGAUAAAGUUUGGGCAACUUCUUUUACCCUACAGCUAAUAUUUGGGCUGCUUUAGAUCUAAAACAUUAACUUAUGGUAAUUGCUUAAAAUGUAUUUGAAAUAUUGAGUAAAUAUUGAGUGAAACAAAAAGUCAUAGAAUAAAAAAAUAUGGACAAAGAUUUAUGUGUAUUUGUAAAGAUAGAGGACAUCUAAGCUACAUUGAAUUUUUAACCUUUUAAUUGCCUGGAACACUUAAGACAGUGUGAAUGUAUUAAGUCUAGGGCUGAGACACAAUAUAUACUUCCUCACCACUGAAGGUUUUACCAAAAUUUCCUUGAAAUAAUGAAAACUAAAAUUAUAGUCAUAGUUUCAAAAAUGUUUGCUAAGAAAUCAGCUAUCUAUGGAGAGGUCUUAAAAUGUCUGCUUAUUCUUGGUUUCAUAUUUUUCUCCCCUGUUUUGAAUACAUAUGUCUUUAACUUGCAUAUUCUUGCCUGCACUUCAUUCCAUCUAUUUAUGCUGCUAAAUGGAAUUCUGCCUUUCUGCAUACAUUUACAUUCAAUUCAUUGGGAAUUUUGAGAGUUUGCUUAGAAAUGAAUAGUAAUUAAUUUAUGUAGAAGCUUUUUUUCCUCCAAAGAGCUCAAAGCACUACAUUCAUAUUACUGAAUAAACAUUUUGGAAAACCAACCAAAUUACUUAAGAGAUGGAAAAGUAGUCAGAGAAAUUCAGAAAUUUGCAAAAGCUACAACAGUAGAGGAAUCAUAAUCUAUACCAAAUCUCACCAAUGUUUGGCUAACUGAUGCUCAUUUUCAAUAUGCUACCUGCAAAAUUGUCUUACUCUUGAAUUCUGCCUUUGGUCAAUAUUUCAGUUCUUUUAUGCUAUUAAGUUUUGUUCCUGCUGAAUUGUAUAGACUCAAUUAAAAACUGAGUUUACAGUGGCCAGUGACUGUUUUUCAACAUUAUCAAAACUAAACUUUCAAAGUUUUAUGUUAACCACAUGUCCACAGAAUAUUAAGUUGAAUAAGAACAUUAAUUAGACACUGGUAUUUUAAACUUAAAUAUAAGCUAUAUUUCAUAUAUAUAAUGAAUACAAAUGAAAAUCAAAACUGAAAUGGCUUCUCUUUAGAAUGUUACAUUUGUCUCAGACAACAUGUUGGAAAAGUGAUUAGCCUUGUUGGGAAUGGAUAGUUUAGAAAAAAGUGAUAUUUGAAAUGUUUUUAUAGAAAGAUGUAUUUUUCUCAGUAAAUGACCACAACAUUUUAAUAAUUUAGCUUACAAGUGAGGUUAAAAAACAAGAUUUAAAAUUCCAAUAUUGACAGUGCAAAGAUAGGAAUAUGCACAUGAAUUAUACCUCUCAUUUAAAUAUUUUGUAGUAUAAAUUAUUUAUGGUAAGUUUGAGAUAGAGGAUUUUUUGGGAAAGGGCAAAAAUCUAUCAGCUAGUCAUGUAAUUUAAUUCUGGUAUUGUAAGUGGUUACCAAUCAAUUUUCAAUUACAGUUUUGCUAUUUUGAAAGAACUGUAGUCUUGUAAUCUAAAAUAAUUGAAAAUUGUCAAAUGUAUAUUUUGGUUGUAUUAUAUAAUAAAACACAAGCAUUAGUGUUCUAUGGUUAUAAACAGAAUGUUGGUUUGUGUGCAAGUUUUGUUUUCAAACCCUAAACAUGGUAACCGAAAUUUAUGCAGGGAAUUGCAUUAAGAAUAAGUGUCUCUCCCCAAUUAAUAUAAUUAUGUAGCUACCCUUUACUGUGAUCUAAAUUUAGACUUUGGCAGACUGACAUAAACAUUACUACCCGAAGUAACUACUUUUAAGACUUCCAGUGAUCACCUUAUACAUAAAAUUUGAAAAUACUCACCUAUAUGUUCAGCCCUAUGACUAUAAUUUAUUAAAGGAGUAAGCCGAGGUUUUUGGUUUUUGUCUUAUAAAGAAACAUCUUGAAUUUCUUUUAGAGAAUAUUCUAUUUCUGGUCAAUUUGGUACAUUUGUGAAGGAUAGUUUAUAUUUUCAAGCAGAUAAUAUAUAAUACCCCCCCAACCCAGUUGUGAAAUAACUUGUAGAGAUAUUGUACAGAAAAAUGUCAGGUUUUCUGUGUGCUCUGACAAUCUUCAAACAUGAGUGUUCACAGUAAUGUAUAAUCCUUGAAUGAAAAAAAAAUUACAUAUUGGCAUUCUUAGUAGAACGUUAGUAGGAUCAUGUCCAAGUCAUUAAUAUAAAUAGAAUAUAAUACAAGCUCAGUCACUGAGACAAUUCCAGUUGUAUUUGUUUGAAUAUAGAAAAGUGCUUGAGUGGGGCGCCCGGGUGGCUCUGUGGGCUGAGCAUCUGACUUCGGCUCAGGUCAUGACCUCACAGUUCGUGAGUUCGAGCCCUGCGUUGGGCUCUGUGCUGACAGCUCAGAGCCUGGAACCUGCUUCAGAUUCUGUUUCUCCCUCUCUCUCUGCCCCAUCUCCACUCAUGCUCUGUCU